AUCUCAAAAGACCAACGGUUCAGGUUUAGUCAGUGGAAUUAUGGGUUUAUUUUCAGACUUUAUUUUCUUGUCUGUUCCCUUGGUUACCGUAGCAACGUUUCCCUCCCCAAAUUGCACUUUCCCGCAGGUGAUGGAAGGUCUUCCUUUUCUGAAGUAGGCACAACAGAGCGUGCAUAGUGUGUCAUGUGUUUUAUCUUUCUACAGAUGAUUGCGGAUUGCUGGGGGCCAGACUACAAAACAUUGAUAAUGCCAGUCUCAAAUUGAGAUGUGUGUGGAGUGCCUUGGAGCCACAGGGCAAGACUGUGUCCCAAUCAUUUGUGCUGCCCAGAAGUGGGGUUGGAGAAGAAUGUGUUUGGUCCUAUCAGAUGAAGUGUCCUUACCUUUUCCUCUCGUGGUGGAAUAAGAGUCCAAGCUUGUAUGCAUCAUAUAGAGAUGAAUGUUCUCAUCAGGAAACACUCAGGAUAUGUCUACACCACAGCAACGUAAAGAGGAAGUGUUCUUCUGAAUCACAUUUGUCUGUUUUCCGAUUUAUGCUAUGCACUUCAUUCAGACUUUGGUUUUGAAUUUUCAAUUAGGUUUUAGUUUUCAAAUUGAAUGAAGACAACUUUUUUAUGCAACAUUUCAGAAAAAACUUUUUUUGUAAGGCUAGAUGGGUUUCACUGUGUUGGCUUUUUGAAGGGGUCAGGGUUGACGUCAGUCAGGAAGCAGAAGUUCCCUUAUUCGGUCUGUUCACUUCUGGCGCUCUGAAGGAAAAGAAAGAUGGAGGGAAACAUCUUUGACUCCCAGCAGGAGAAAGACACCAUUGACAUAGACAGUUUUCAGGGGGAGAAGAGAAAGAUCAUUCAACCCUCAUCUUUGCAAGACCCUAAACUUGAAAAAUUGAAAACGGUCUUGGUUGACUGGAUCAACAGUACUUUAAAGCGUGAGCACAUUGUGGUCCAACAUCUAGAAGAAGACAUAUUUGAUGGACUGGUGAUUCAUCAUCUCUUGGUCAGUCUAGCAGGGGUGCAGCUGCCCGUGGAUGAGAUAGCUGUGACGAGCGCUGCUCAGAUCCAUAAGCUGGAGAUCAUUCUGGAAGCUCUCAACAACAAGCUAGAACUCAAGGAGAGCACCAUCAAGUGGAGCGUCAAACUCAUCCACAGCAGAGACCUCCUGGCCACUCUUCAUCUGCUGGUUGCCAUGGUGAAGUGUUUUCACCCUGAUCUAGAGUUGCCUUCGAAUGUGAGUGUGGAAGUUGUUCUGGUUGAGGUCAGCAGAAGUGGAAUCAAGUCUGACGUACAAAUAGAGUUCCUGACCAAAGAAAGUGAUUCAAUAGACUCCCUGAGUAGUUCUAACAGAGAACAUCCUAUUGAUCAGCUGCUUCAGCUGGACCCGCACAAAGUCCACACAGUGAAAAAGGCCAUUCUGCACUUUGUCAACCAGAACUUGUCCUCCCUGGGUCUGCAGGUGAUCGACUUGGAGAAACAGUUUGCAGAUGGUGUGAUUCUCCUGCUGCUGAUUGGGCAGUUAGAGGGGUUCUUCCUCCCAAUCUGUAACUUUCACCUCACCCCCGUGAGCCAAACUGAGAUGCUUCACAAUGUCACGUUAGCCCUUGACCUCCUCAAUGACCUGGAGCUGGAGGUGUCCAACGUUGACCCACAAGGUGGAUAUUUCACUGUAAGGCAACUAUUACCAUGACAACCUGAAGACCAAAACAGACAUGGGGACUGAUCCUUACCACAAGAUCACGGAGUCGUGAGGAUUCCGAAUAUCCGAAGAUACAGGAAGAAGAGACAUCAACAGUCGCAAGAUGCUGCAUUUCUAUCCGUCAGGAAGUGAGACAACAGCGCUGGCUGGCUGGUAGGUUGAUCAAACAACCGUUGCUGGCAUCUUCAAUUAUUCAUCAUCCCUGUGGAGAAGCAUUUGGCACUACAGUAUGUCUGUGUGUGCGUGUGUGCCUGUUUGUGUGUGUGUGUGUGUGUGUGUGUGCGUGCAAGUGUGUGAGUGUGUGUCAGCUGCGAUGGCAGACAUCUCCAGGAGGCUGCAGGCUGGGCCAGACAGCCCUGGUCUUGCUCCCCACCAGACUGGUGCUCUAGAUGGCAUGUCUCCAGGAGGGUGCUACUCUGCUCCAGGAUCAGACACGAGGCGUCAGGAACUGCGCACUGGCACUCUGCUCUUUCAAAUCCCUGCCUUCCACUGGGAGCAGUCUGGUCACUACGAUGGAUACUUUGAGGUGAGGCACAGAGGUGGGGGGUGUUUGAAUGUUCCACGUUUGAUCUGUCGUGAAGUAAAAGAUAAUUACUCUGCGGCAAUAAGAACUAAAAGUUCUUAUUCAGCCAGCUGGUCUCCAUGUUGAUUGGAAUCUUAAUUGCCCUGAAACACACUGUUCCCUGUCUGCUCUGUCUGUCUCUCACACACAAACACGCACGCACACACACUUGGGGACCAGAGGCAGAGGGGGGACCAGUCUGUCCCCACCUCAACCGAUCAGAUAGGUGGACAGAAGCUCACUCCCACAGGAUAUUACCCUCGUGGCAGAGAGUUCCUCUCUGUUACUCUCACUCAGUGUAUUUGUUGAGAUGACCCUCUUAUCUGUAUACACACAGGAGCCCUAGUGAGACUUCUCCACACAGUCAGACGUUUUCAGAAUUGCCUUAGCAUUCUUUAGACACAAUACUGGCUGACAAGUCCUGACAAGUCCUUUCACUCUAAAUAAAUUGCUUUUUUUCGCGAUCUGAUGGGAGGUGCACCUGGGAGUCAUCGUUUUUCUUCUUCCUCGCAGCUCUUCUCGAGCUGUCUCGUUAAGACAAAGACACGUUAGAUGCAUUUGAAAGAGGCCUGUGGGCUUAGACAAGCCCCAGCACCACAGAAGCUAUUAGCAUGGCUGUGGACACCCAAGGGGGCUUGAUUGUGUGUUGGAGUGUGUUGAUUGUUUUGUUUAGGAAGCCCCACGUGACACGAGUGCGGCCCAUUCUUCCUUUGCUGGAAACAUCCUAUCCUUGCAGAAAAGCCUACGGCCUGGACAGCCUCUAAGAUUUGAUAAGGAGUCAGAUGGCUGAGCAGUGAGGGA